UCAGGGCUCUCUCACUCUGUGAAGCCGCAGCGCACGACGUCCCCGCCGCGCCAUCUUUAGAAAACACUGUGACCAGCACUGAAUGAAACUUAACUUUCAUCGUUUGUGAGGACUGCUCGCUGUAUGGAUUGAUAUCUUUACAUUUCCAGGUGUUGUAAAGGUGAUCAUGGGCAUCAAGGUCCAGCGCACACGCUGCUUCCUUGACAUUGGAAUCAGUAACGUGCUCGUCGGCAGAGUUGUGGUGGAACUGUUUUCAGACGUCUGUCCCAAGACUUGUGAAAACUUCAGAUGCCUAUGCACAGGUGAGAAAGGCGUCGGGAAAGGAACCCAAAAACCCCUCCACUACAAAGGAUGUCUGUUCCACCGAGUUGUCAAAGACUUCAUGAUUCAAGGAGGAGACUUCAGUGAAGGUAACGGAAGAGGAGGCGAAUCCAUCUAUGGAGGCUUUUUUGAAGAUGAGAGCUUUGCUGUUAAACACAACAAGGAGUACCUGCUGUCUAUGGCAAACAGAGGCAAAGAUACUAAUGGAUCACAGUUUUUCAUAACAACAAAACCAUCACCACAUCUGGAUGGCGUCCAUGUGGUUUUUGGUCAUGUGAUCUCUGGCCAAGAGGUUGUUCAAACCAUGGAGAACCAGAAAACUGACCCUAAUAGCCGACCAUAUUCCGAAGUGAAAGUGUUGAACUGUGGAGAGCUCAUUCCCAAAUCUAAAGCAAAAAAAGAGGAGAAAAAGAAGGAGCGAGCCUCCUCCAGUUCCAGCAGUAGUUCCAGUGACUCUGAUAGCUCAUCAAAAUCUUCCUCUGAGUCCGAAGAGUCCGAGAAGGAAUCUAAGAAGAAAAAGAAGGCCAAAAAGCUCAAAAAGAAACAGAAGAAGCAGGAGAAGAAAAAGCCUGAGGCUGAAAGUGCUGAAGAAAAGGAACAGGAAGAUUUGGUCACUUCUACUCUACGUCCUGAAGAAAUUCCUCCCAUCCCAGAGAAUCGGUUUCUCAUGAGGAGGAGUCCUCAGGCAGUCCAGAAUCCCAAAGAGGAGCCUGAAAAGAAUGAACGUAACAGAGACGAAAGGCAGAGAGAGAGUGCUGGCAUAUCAUUCAACUCUCGGUCAGCAUAUAACAGAAGACUGGUGAUGACACGGUCUGGGAGAAAGAUUAAAGGCAGGGGUCCAAGGCGGUACCGGACUCCAUCACGCUCUCGUUCAAGGUCCAGAGAUCGAUUCCGGCGCAGUGAAACCCCUCCACAUUGGCGUCAGGAAAUGAAUCGUCAGAGGAUGAGGGCGGUCACCGGAGAGCGCUGGAUCAAGGGAGACAAAGGUGACAUGAGCGAAGCCAAGGAUGACGCUGCUAAAGCUCCAAGAAGAGAGAGAAAGACGUCUAACACAAGGCAUGAAAACACAGCUGAGGGUAAAAAAGACAAGAAAGACAAGAAAACUCGGUCAGACAGAUCCAAAAGCAAAGACGAGGACACUGCAGAGAAGGAUGAGAAGCAAAACAAACACAAGGCAAAGAAAAGGGACAAAUCUCAAAGCCGCAGUAAAAGCAGGGAGAAGAGCAAGAGGUCAAAGAGCAGAGAGAGGGAGAAGAAGAACAAAAGUGAUGACAGACGAGGUCGCUCAAGGAGCAAAGAACGCAGUGCUAAUAAGAAAGAAAAGGAAUCCGAAUCCAAUCAUAGUAAAGACAGAGAGAAGGGUCAUGAUAAAAAAGAGUCUGAUAAGAAAGAGUCUGAUAAGAAAAAUAAAGAGGAUACCAAAGGAAGAAAUGGGGAGAGGACUCGGACAAAGUCAAAGAGCAAGGAACGAUUAGCUACAAAAGAUAGGCACAGGUCUAGUAGCAGGAACAGGGAUAAGGGCAGAGCUGCAGUGUCAAAAGAGAAAGAAGACAGAGACAGGGCAAGAGAGCGCAGCAGGAGUCAGGAGAGACGACACAACAGUGAAAGAGAGAAUAAGAAGCGGGGCUCAUCCAGGGAUAAAGAACGGCGGACAAGAAGUCCAGAUAGAAACAAGCCUCGAGACUCGCACAGAGGCCGACGCUCCAGAAGCAAGAGCAACAAGAGAGACCACAGCAAAGAGCGCUCGUCUCAUAGAAAGGACAGAGACAGAGAGGCCACCUCCAGGAGGAGAAGACAUAGCAGCAGCUCCAGCAGCGAAAGAGAUGAGAAAAGGAAGAGCCGAAAGAGCCCAGACACCAAAAGAGGCAAAGCAAACAGUACCUCAAAAUCGAGAGAAAGGAGGAGCCCGGCCAAGCCCAGACCUGAUAGUACAAGAGGCAAAGACGACAGAAACGACAGCAAGAGGAAGAAAUCGAGCUCAAGCUCAAGCUCUGACAGUGACUGACCCUGAGAUAGUAUCCUAAAAAAAGAAAGCUGGGAUUUUAAAGUCAGCUUGAACCCAUUACACUUGUAGUUUCCACCUCCAGCUUUUCCAUCCUGUGUGACACUUAUUACAUCGUUCAUUCAGUGCUAAGUAAUCCAUUCUACAGUCCAGUCAAAAAUAACAUGUUGGCCCCAGACCCCUUCAGAGUAAAUUUCCCAAACUACUACUAAUUAGAAGCUACAGGAGUUGUAGAAAUUGAAAAGGUUUAAUCACACUCAAAUUUGCAUAGACAAACAGCAGCAUCAUGUUAGCUUUGUCUGAACUCUGGACCUCACUUUGGUUCUGAAUGGAAGAAAAUAAGAAGUGCAUACCACUGCUGUGAUGGGAAAUUGAAGCUGCAUGGAGAGUUGAAGGAAAAUGAAUUGUGACUAAAAUGGAAGAUUGACCUACUGUUUGGACUGGAAAAAGUACCACGUAUACUUUUAACUGUACGUCUCAAGAGGAAGUCAGGCUGAAGGUUUUUCUUUAUUUGGCAUUUUUGGUAAAUUAUAUUUUGCUUUACAAUAGACAGAACUUAAGACUGUUGAUAAAAAGCAGAUUCUACUGCAAGAGACAACCUUUAAUUCCUUUUUUUGUCCUGAGGACAGUUUCUUCUGAAAUUCAUGUUAAUUAUUUAAGUUUUGAUUGGGAUAAGGAGUGCCUAAGUUUAGAACACGUCGUGUGUUCUUUUUUUCAUUUUUUUUUUUUUUUACAAAACUCAAUCUGACAGAGAACACUUGCAUGCUUCUCCCAGUCAUUGUGUUGGAUGAAAUGUACCACCCUGACUUUUUUAAAUUCGUUGACCCUUGACCUUUUACUGUAAACCCCAGUUUUGAGACAUCUGUCUUUUUCUCUUUUUUUCGAUGUAAACAAAUGCCAAUGUCAUGCUGUAAUUACAACACGAAACCAUUUGUAUGAUUUGUGUUUUGUGAAAAUUGAUUUUAAGAACUCAACUGCAAUGUAGAAUGAAUCAAAAGGCUCAACUUUGAUUUGAAUUAAAAUGGUUUUAAUAUUC